AAUAAAAUGAACUCCUCAAUGGAGGAGAGUUGGAAUUUAGAUGAAUCUGAACCUAAGUCUCCUUCAAAAGAUUUAUUAGACAAAUAUAAUUCCCGUCUUCAAGCAAUUGAAUUGACUAAAAACAAAAUUAAGGUAUGAAACUGAAUCACAUUCAAGAAAUUUUAGUUGGAAUAACAGUUAUAGCGAUUAAGAAAUUGGUAUGAAAUUAAAGAACAUCUACUUGAGAUAUACAAAGAAGCUAAUCUCAUUUAGAGUGAAAAUUUAGAAAGAAGACAGCAAUUAAUUUUUUAGAUUAGAAAUAGAGAGUCUCAAUUAAAAGAAAAGAAAAAAUAAAUAAAAGAAAUAAAAAAAUAGAAGCAAAUAGGAUUAUUCAUAAAGGAGCAAAGAACUUCUAAGAGAUAAGAAAUAUCAAUUCAAGAAAUUGAUGAAUUAUUAAUUGGAAUAUAAGCUAUAAAGCAUUAUCUUUAAGAGAAAUAUAAAUGGCAAUUUCCUAAGAAAUAAAUGUUAGAUUUAUCAUCAGAUGAAUUUUUAGAUGAAAUUGAUGUUUUUAAAACAGAUCGAAUAAAAUUUGAUUUCAUUGAAAAUAACAUAUAUCAUUUGGACAAUAGUCAAUAGAUGCAUUUUGAAAUGUAGAAGUAUUUAUAAAAUUAUACAAAAAUAAUAGAUCCAUGAAAUAACAUUUAAAUAGUGUAUUAGAUUAAUCAGUGAGAUCUUAUUAAUCUCUUUCGAAUUCAUCAAAAAAAGAGAUGUUAAGUUUAAGAUUUGAUAAAGUAACAACAAGACUUCCUCCAAUACCGAAAGAAACAUAAUCUUAAUCUCAGACCACACAAUAAUAAUUAAAGAGUGGUAUUGGCUUAUCAAAAAUGCUUAGAUAUCCUUUAAAUUCGUAGACUUUAGCAUCACCUAAAAGAAGAUAAUAAUUCGGUUUCGUUGAAGAUAUAAUAGCAAAUUCAGUGUCAAGUAGAAUAUUGACAAGAAAACAAACUACAAAUUUAACGCAUUAAUCAGAAGGUGAAAGUUAAAGAAAAGAUAGAAGAAAAAUGGAUGUUUCAGUACAUUCAUCACAGGAUAGAAUGUUAAAAAUUAAAAAUGCAUAAAAAAUGUAUUAUCCAGAUGUAAAAUUUGACAUAAUCAGAGAAGUAGAUGCUCCAAUAAAGUAAAAAAAGUUACCUAGAAGAGGAUUAAAUUAAUAAUAAGAAAUUUAACGUAUUUUGAAUAAUGUGAAUGAAACAUUUUAGCAGGUUAUUUCAAAUAAAGCAUAUUCUGAACAUAAAUUCAAUAAAAUAAGAGAUUUACAAAAAUAAUUUGUAAAAGAUGCGAAUAGUUCUUUGUCGAAAAUAAGUAAGUAUCAACUGGAAGAGAAGUUAGAUGAUGUUUGGUAGACUUUGGUAAAAGAUCAAAAAAAGAAAUAACCAAAACUUUUGGACUAUUAUAAAAAAAAGUUUAAAAUAUGAAUUAAUAACAAUAUAGUCAUUCUUCUCGUUUAUCAGCAGAGGUAGGAGAUGAAAAGAUGCUUCUACAUAAAGAUAAGUUGUUACAAAAGAUAAUCGAACAAGUUCAAUUGUUAAUGUCUAACGCAAAUUAGGUAACAUUUUGUUGCAAUGAUAAUAAUAAUAGUAAACAGAAGCAGAUUAGUAAUUCUAUGAUGGAUUUAAAUAUGUGAUAGCUCAUUAAUAGAUAUGUAUUAAAGUAAUAUAUAAUUAAGCUGAUAUGUUAUCAUAAGUUUAGAUGAGUUCUAAUAUUGAUUAGAAUAGAAAAAUCUUUUCUUAGUAGGUAUUCACUAAAAUGUCUCAGAUUCUAAAGAAUUAUAGUACAUAGUAGUAUAAAGUAACAAUAAAAAUCAAUUAAUAAUUGUAUUAUUUGGCAAGAGAUACAAUUCGUACAAUUUAAGAAGCAUUUGAAGCUUGUUAAUAAGUAGAUAAGGUAUAAUUAUGUGGUAAAGAUGCAUCAUUUAAACAAUAUGAUAAAUAUAUAAGAUAAUUAGAUUAAUUGAGUUUUUUUUGGGAAUAAUUACAUACUUUAGAAAAUAAAAACAUAACUAUAAAUAAAGAGAUGAUUUAAUAGGAAAUUUCUUAAUUUUUAGAUUAAUGGUUAGAUACAUUAAUAUAGAGAUUUGAUUUUAAAUAGAUUUCAUAAAAAUAAUAAUAAACCUAAUAAACAAAACCUGUUUAAGCUACUAAAGUAUAGCAAUAGGUAGAUCAUAGAUUAAGAAAUGCUCAUGAAUUAUUUUCUGGACUUGGUAGAGAAAGAGAUUAAAUAGCAGCUCUAUAAUAAUAUACUAAAUUGGCAGAAGAAAAUAAUCCAAUAGCUUAAGCAAUAAUGGGAUAAAUAUGUUUAGAAGGUAUUACAGGACCUAAAGAUUAUGAUUAAGUUAUAUUAAUUUGAUUUAAUUAUAGGCUUUUAAUUAUUUUAAAAAAAGUGCAGAUUAAAGAAAUACUUUUAGUUUAUAUCAUACAUCUAAAUUAGUUUUAGUAUUAUUUUAUUUAAUUUUAAGGAAGGAAAAGUCUAUGAUAAAUUUUCAGAUAAAGAUGAUAAUACUUUAGCAAGUAAAUAUUCAAGUGAAGUAUAUAAUCGAAAUUAUGAUUGUACAUUUGCUAUGACUCUACUAAAAAGAGCAGCAGAAUUAGAUCAUUUAGAAUCUAUGAUCUAUUUAGGAGAUCUUUAUAGUAAUGGAUUAUAAUUAUAGGAUUGUAAUAAUAUAUAUUCAAAAUCUUAUUUAAUAGAUACUUUAGAAAAAGAUUAUUCAAAUGCAGAAUUCUAUUAUAAAUAAGCUAAAAAUAAAAAUUCUACUUAAGCUAUGCAUAAAUUAGCCCUUCUUUAUUAAACUAUGUAUAAAUAACCACUUUAUAAAGUAAUUUAUAUAUUUUUUUUUAGAAUCGAAGUUAAUUAAUCUAACCACUAUUGAAUUAAGCUAAAAAUCUAGAUUAUUUACCUGCUUUUUAUGAUUUAGGAUUAUUACUAUAUUAAGGAUUAUAAGAUGAAGUUUAAUAGAAUUAAGUUAUGGCUGAUUUAAUUUUUGAAUAAGGUUGUAUGAAAGGUGAUUUAAAAUGUGCAUAGAAAUUACUCAGUUUAAGAUUUUAAGCUUUGAGAAAAAAUGAAAUAGUUUUUGAAGAUUUCUUUACUUUAUUAGAAUAAAUAGAAGAAAAUAAUAAAGAUUGGACUAUUACUUAUUAUAUGAGAGGAAAAGUUUAUGAAAAAGGAGUUUAAAUUGAAAAAAAUCUAAAAAAAGCAUAAGAAUAAUAUAGAUUGGGUUAUUUAAAAGGAUGCUAAAAAUGUAGAGCACAAUUAGACAAAUUUUAAAGAGACACUAUACCUACAGAUAAUUAUCCUAGCAAUUCUUAAUAAUCUUCUAUAAAUCAAAGAUAAAACAUUAAUGGAUUUAUUGAACAAUUUAGAUCAUCUGAAUAGAAAAAACCAUUUUUAAAAUAAAGAUAAGUAUCCAAUGGAAAUGUUUAAUAAAUUUCUAAUAAUAUUGAUAAUGAUAUUUAAUCUAUUGUGUAUCAAACUAUUUUAAUUUAUUUUAGUCAAGAUCGUUAUACCAGAAUGACUAUUAGUAUUACUAGACCUAAAAAUGAAACUGAUGAUAGAAAGAGAGGAGUAUCUGCUUCAGAAUUACCACUUUAAGAUAUUGGAAGAAGCAUUCUACUUUCUUAAAUGAAAUCACCAGAAAAAGUUCAUUAACAUUCUUAAUUUUGGUCACCUAAAUUACCAUCAUAAUAAUCUUAAGUUGGAUCAUAAAUUACUAAUUCUACUACCAAAAAACGGUUCAAUCUAAAAGAAAUUAGAAAAAAAAAUUCUGAAGUUUAUGAAAAUGUAGUUAAAUGA